CCUAAGCAGCAAUCUAGAAAGUCGGCGUUUUAUCCACCUGAACUACUAAAUAACAAAUGUUGCCGGUCCAAAUCACCUCAGAAGCAUCGUUCGGUGGCCAAUUCAUUCGACUACCUCAAUAGCCAAUGUCACUUAGAAGGAUGCUCUGCCAGUAUUAUUGUUAAUAACACGCGGUUUUUGAUAUGUCGGCAUCAACUCUGCCACGCUUCUGAAUACUUCAAGAACUUAUUUUUGGCGCACGACAAAAACGAGGAUGUACAUGUUGCCGUUUCGGGCUUGUCAACUCCGGCGCCUGCAACGCAGUUUCGAUGGUUCGUCGAGAGCUGUAUUCCAUGUCCCGCACUCAGAGACAUUACUGAUGACACACUGGAGACGUGCAUGCGUUUGUCGCGCCGAUUCAAAGCCAAUGGACUCGUUGUUCGAUGCUCUAAGUUCAUUCUUGAGAAUGUGUACAAUCGACAGCCGAUCGUUGCAUUAUGCUGGUUGAACUGGUGUCUGAAGCAUCGUUUUGAUGAACAAGUACAAUCAAGCUGUUUACCGGUGGUGGCUCGACUUUCCUUAGCCAGACUCGAGCAACAUCGUCAUAUGAUGAGCGAACGAGUGUUUGCCGACAUUAUCGCAGCCAAGUUAAGAGGUUGCUAUGAAAAGACGGUGCAUGUUUUUCGGACAAUACAUCGUAUGGAUCACUUUUCCACCGAACUAGAUCGAUGUCCUCGAUGUUUAAGAACUAAAGACGGUAUGAAGGUGAAGGUGAACGCCAUUCCAUGCAGGAAAGAAAUCGGAUGUGAUCGAUGUCUUUGUGAUGGUUGUGAGAUUGAGGAGAAAGCCGGUGAAGAUUUACAGGCUUUCUAUCAAUGUCCGCAUGCUUUGCUUCCAUUGAAUGACACAACAGACGAAUGCCACUGUCAAAGUCGAUUGCUUGCGAUUCAUUUAGGUGGGUUUCAUGAAAACCAAGAUCGGCAAAAUAGUAACACAAUUGCCAGGAAAGAUAAACACGCUGACAUCAUGUGUUUCUAG